GCGCCACGUCCAUGUGGGCUUCGUGCUGUGGGCUGCUGAAUGAAGUCAUGGGAACCGGAGCUGUCCGGGGCCAGCAGGCAGGAUUUGCAGGAGGCACUGGUCCAUUCAGAUUUACAGCAAACCCUGAUUUCUCCUCCUACCCCCCAGCAUCUACGGAAGGAUCUAAUAUAGUUUGCAAAGCCUGUGGACUCUCAUUUUCCGUCUUCAGGAAGAAGCAUGUAUGCUGUGACUGCAAGAAGGAUUUUUGUUCCGUUUGUUCGGUAUUCCAAGAAAAUCUCCGCCGCUGUGCUACUUGUCACUUACUACAGGAGACGGCCUUCCAGCGCCCUCAGCUGAUGCGACUGAAAGUGAAAGACCUAAGGCAGUACCUUCUCCUUAGAAACAUUCCGAUAGACACUUGUCGAGAGAAAGAAGACUUGGUGGAUCUAGUGCUGUGCCAUCAUGGACUCGGCUCCGAGGAGGACAUGGACACCAGCAGUCUGAGUUCCUCAAGGUCCCAGACUUCUAGCUUUUUUACACAUUCAUUUUUUUCAAACUAUACAGCCCCCUCUGCUACCGUGUCUUCAUUUCAGGGAGAGCUAAUGGAUGGAGACCGGACCUCAGGGCCUGGAGCGCUGGCACAGGUACAAAGUGAACUAGCUUCAGCAAAUACCGAAGAUGACGAUGAUGAUAAUGACGACGAUGACGAUGAUGAUGAAGAUAACUUAGAGGAACGGACCCCUGGGCUCUCCAGAAAGAGAGCGAGAGCGUCUUUGUCUGACCUGUCGAGCCUUGAAGAUGUCGAAGGGAUGAGCGUGCGCCAGCUGAAGGAGAUUCUGGCUCGGAAUUUUGUCAACUAUUCUGGCUGCUGUGAAAAAUGGGAGCUGGUGGAGAAAGUAAACAGAUUAUACAAAGAGAAUGAAGAAAAUCAAAAGUCAUAUGGCGAGCGGCUGCAGCUGCAGGAUGAGGACGACGACAGCCUGUGCCGCAUCUGCAUGGAUGCCGUCAUUGACUGUGUCCUGCUUGAGUGCGGACACAUGGUCACCUGCACCAAGUGUGGCAAGCGUAUGAAUGAGUGUCCCAUCUGCCGGCAAUAUGUGGUGCGCGCCGUGCACGUGUUCAAGUCCUGA